UAGGUUAGUUUUUUAUCUCAAUAAUGUUUAUAAAAUCAUUUUAUUUAAAUAAAUAUGAGUGCAAAAAGUAGAUGGUGUACGGCUACCAAAUGCGUGUGUGGAUACCCACUACGAGAAGGCGUCAUUAUUGUAGGAAUUAGUUCAAUACUAAUAUCAAUAGCGACGCUGUUCACUUCCCUGGGCAUGAUUCUAGCCAUGUCUUCUAAGGAGCUGACGUAUAACAAUAACCCUGUGAACGCCAUCAAUAUGGUGUUCUCACUGUUUUGUACGAGCACCUCUCUGUACCAAGCUACCGUGUCUAUUAUGUUGCUGUGGUUCGGACUCUGGCGUAAAGGGUCCAGUUACGUGCUAACACUGUGGGUGGUGUCCUACAUAGCAAUGCUGACGCUAUACUUCUGCAUGUUUUUGGCCAAGAUCAUCAUCACCUUCCACGCCCAUCAUUAUGCACAGGCAUUGUUGACUUUCGUCAUUGCAAUCUUCUUUGAAGGUUUGUUCAUCUAUUUUGUCGUUAUUGUCAACAGCUACGAAAGUUCACUUGAACCUGAUAUAUUGUUUUACUAGAAAUAAACCAUAUUUAUAACAGUUUUAAGAUAUAGUUUACCAAAACACUGUUGUAAGAUAGUUAUGGAUAUAAUGUCACUUUUAGAAGUCUUUUUUACUAUUUUAUU